UCAACUUUCUCAGGUAACCAGUAGUAAAAUGAAACUCUUCUUUCUCAGUGAGAGAAGGUCUGGAAAUGUCAGGAUGCACCGAGGGGGUCCACGUGCAGCGUGGGGAGGAGCCGCCAGGGGCCGUGAUUACAGGGAUGAGGCUCAGAGGCGCUUCUGUGGUGAGCAAGCCAAGGAGCAGGAGCAGCUCACUGAACUCCACUGACAGCGGCUCGGGGUCCCUGCCACCCACGCUCCAAGCAGGGCCUGAGUGUGGGAAGGGCAGCCAGCCCUCCUUGCAGAGAUUCAGCGUCAUCAGCUUGGAAGACUUCGACCAAGAGCUUGUUGUGAAGCCAACCAGAGUGAAGAAGAAGAAGGAACCAGGUACCAUCGAGAGUGGCAGCAGGAGUGCCUGUCACAGCUCCCUUGAGUCGACUCCCUGUUGGGAAUCCCCUGCGGGCUGCCCCCAGUCCUGGAGCGCAGACCUGCUGUGCAUGACCUCCAGCCCACCGGGCAGUGCUGUGGAUCAGCUGAGCACAGGCUCCCCUGGCCCGGAGAGCAGCCUCGGCAGCAAGUGGAGCAGUGUCCUGCGGGAGAACGAUGAUUCCGAGACAUUGAGGGUCCUGGAGGCCGCUGAAUCCACGCCUGACUUGCUGGAUGCCAACAGUGACAGUAGAACUGAAAUGCUGCAGGGUAACCAGGCCAGGGAAGUGGACGUGUGCAAUGGGGGCCUUAACUUACCCUCACUCCCAAGGGAACAGGGAGGAGGGAGUGGAGUCACAGAACUCGAAGAGGAGCCUGGACCUGCAGAUGGUGGACCCAGGACAUUAACCUCCCCAGGACAGGACAGUGCCACUGAGUCCCAUGGGGCCCAGGAUAUGCAGCCUGAUGACCCCCAAAGCACUUUUUCUGCAUUCCCCUUUCUGGAUGCAGCCCCCCUUCUGGACUCACUCACCGUGCCUUCCAGCCUCAGCGUGGCCUUGGGUGCCGAGUAGGCAGUGCCUGAGACCAUGGCUGAUGAAGGCAGCGCCCAGGUGCCCAGGGAGGAGCAGGACUUGCUGUUGGACCUGGAGGCUCCCGGCCACCUAGGCUCAGGUCCCUGGCCUGGUGUCACUGAUGGCUUGAGCCAGGAAGAAAUGGCCAUUUCUGAGUGUGACUUGGGGCAUGCCAGAAGAAAGUGGAAUCCUCCGGCUUCUGCUUUGGUGGCCAAUGCCCAUCAGCCUCAGCCCCAGCAGUCUUCAUGGGAACAGGUGUUAAUGUCCAGCAAUGAGGAGGACAUCUAUGCCCAUGGGCUCCCCUGUUCAUCCUCAGACAUGAGUGUGACAGAGCUCAGUGGCAGCUGCUCCCUCCAGGACCUGAGCCGACCAGGCACGGGUGGGACAGGGCUGCUGAAGUCAGACCAGUUUGCAGAAAGCUGGAUGGGCUACUCGGGCCCUGGCUGCGGCAUCCUCAGCCUGGCAGUCUCCGAGAAGUACGUGUGGUGCCUGGACUACAAGGGAGGCUUGUUCUGCAGUGUGCUGCCGGGCACUGGGCUGCGCUGGCAGAAGUUGGAGGACACCGUCCAGCAGGUGGCCGUGUCGCCCUCAGGAGCCCUUCUCUGGAAGGUUGAACAGAAAUCUAACAGGGCUUUUGCUUGUAGAAAAGUGACCAUCAAGGGGAAGCAUCACUGGUAUGAAGUUCUGCCCCAGACGGUGUUUGUGGCUCUGAGUGAUGACAUGGCCUGGAUCAUCAGAACAAACGAGGACCUGUACCUGCAGACAGGUCUCAGUGUGGAUUGCCCUUGUGCCAGAGCCGUAAAGGUUGACUGUCGGUACCCUCUGUCCCAUAUCACGGCCCUGAACAGCAUGGUGUGGGCACUCACUGAGCAGAGGGCCCUCCUGUUCUGGGAGGGCAUGAGCAGCUUCUGUCCUGAAGGGGAGCAGUGGAAGUGUGACAUCAUCAGUGAAAGGCAAGCUUUAGAAACUGUCUGUAUAACCCUUGGGGAUCAGCAGACACUCUGGGCCCUGGACAUCCAUGGAAACUUGUGGUUCAGAACCGGUGUUGUUCCCGAGAAACCCCAAGGCGAUGAUGACCACUGGUGGCAAGUGGGCAUCAUGGCCUACGUGGUGUUUGACCAGUGUAGCCUGUUCCAGACCCUGCUCCACGCCACGCACUCGGUGGCCACAGCGGCACAGGUGCCCGUCGAGAAGGUGGUGGAUAAGCUGCGCACGGCGUUCUGGUCCCAGCAGCUCCAGUGCCAGCCCAGCCUCCUCGGGGUCAACCCCAGCAGCGUCUGGAUCUCCUCGGGCAAGAACGAGUUCCACGUGGCAAAGGGAAGCCUCAUAGGCACUUACUGGAAUAAUGUUGUUCCCCAUGGGACAGCUUCUGCAACAAAAUGGGCCUUUGUGUUGGCUUCAACGGCUCCCACAAAGGAAGGAAGCUCUCUGUGGCUGUGCCAGAGCAGCCAGGAGCUGUGCCGCAUCAGUGCCCAGGAUGCCCAGUCCCGCCGUCCACUGUGCAGCUAGCUGCCUCCCAACACCGAGAUGAGUGCCUACUCUGCCUGCCCUGAUGCCCUGUGGGCCUUGGACAGCCUCGGCCAGGAGUUCAUCAGGACGCUCUCCAAGAGCUGCCCCACAGGAAUACACUGGACAAGGCUGGACCCCUCCCAGCUAGGACAGCAGCCCCUGGGUCAGGCCCCCGCCCUCAGCAUGGGUACAUCUGACCAAACACCUUCAAAGGCCCAGUGCACAAACCAGCCCACCCUGCAGGGCCGGGGGUGGGACCUGAAGAUGCCGUCUGUGCGGAACGUGAUUGCAUCCCCAGCAGGACGCUGCGAGGCUGCUGCUCUGAGGCCCCUCACCACGGAGACGUUCCUGCCCAGGACUGCACGGACGUGA